GUUUCUGCGUAUGGUUCAAGAUGGCUGACUAAGGAAACAAUGUCAGAGUUACGUCCGUCCUCCGGAUAAACAAAGACGCGUCAAGUAACUAUCAUUUAAACUGGUGUAUCAACCAUGGCUACCGGUGCUCAGGUGUGUUCGUUGUACAAGAGGAUUCUCGUGCUGCAUCGCUUUCUGCCGCUACAUUUGAGAGCCCUGGGCGACAACUACGUGAAAGACGAGUUCAGAAGACACAAAAACGCUUCGCCUGAUGAAGUGAAAAGCUUCAUGAAAGAAUGGGACGACUACAAGGACACUCUGCAGUCGCAAAUUCUGGACUCGGUCAGGGACCAAAAUGGCUCUGUGAAAAUUGGUGUAGACCUUCCAGAGGAGAAACUGAAAGACUUCCAAGAUGAACAGAUUGGACAACUUUACGAGCUCCUGCUUGAAUCCGCCAAAUCUAAAAAUCAGUUUAAUAUCCAAGAGGACAACAAAUGAAGAGCCUUGGGUGUCCGUUUGUGGUUUUAUUAUGAAUAGAUCAUGACGAAUAAGCAACAGCAAUGCUGUUAUAAUUAUGAUGUGAAACCACAGUAACACACAUGGAAGUAACACGAGAGUGCUGAAUUCAUUUCAGCAAAGCACAAAUAUUAAGGUUAUUGUUAACUCUAGAAAUAUAUAACCACGCAUCAAAUCAAUGUACUGUAAACGUUUUUGUUCCUUAUCUCUGAAAAUAAAUGGUGCUUUGAGCCCCACCGCCAACUGA